GCCCCUGGGAACGCCUCUCGUUCCCGGGGCCCCGGAAGGCCGGCCAGGAGGGCUGUGAACAUCUCGUUAACGCGCAGAGCGGAAGUCCGAGCGCCCCGAGUUAGCCUCCCGGGCUCUAUAACCCAGGCACCCACAGCCACCUGCCCCUCACGAUGAGUGACGUGGAGGGGGUGGAGCUUGGGUGUCAGAUACCGCGAGAAGGAGUCCCCAGACGCGGCCCUGAGUGGCGCAGACGCACUACAGCUCCCGCCCGGGAGGUGGUGGGGGCGGGACCGCUCGAGCAAAACUCGCGAGGUUGGGCGGCUUGCGAGCCCUUCCUGUCAGGGAGCGGAAGUGCGGCGCGGGGCGUGUGUGGGCCCCAGUGGCCGUCGCGGUCCUCGGCACCGGCCAUGGGGGACCCCAAGGAGGCCGGAGCCGAGGCUCCGCCGCCCGGGGCCGCCGCCCGAGGAGGACUUGGCGUCUUGUCCCAGGGAGAGUCCGAGGAGCCUUGUUCCCAGGGAGCAGCUUUGCUGCUUGGAGGCAACGAAGUGAAGAGCCGGGCGGUGGUGAAGUACUCCUCCGCCCCUCCACGGCCAGCCUUCGCGCGCCUGGAGGAGAAGACAGACCUGAAGCUGCCCCCUGCCAACUGGCUGCGGGAGAGCGCCCAGCUGGGGCCCGCGGGCACCGCCGUCCUCGGCCACAGCAAGAAAAGCAAGCCCUUCUCCAGCUUUGGCAUGGCGUACGACUUCAUCGACUCCGUAGGCAACGACGUGGACGUGGUCUCCGACUCGGAAAACAUCAAAAAGCUGCUGAAGAUUCCCUACAGCAAGUCCCACGUGAGCUUGGCUGUGCACCGCGUCGGGAGAACCCUCCUGCUGGACGAACUGGACAUCCAGGAGCUCUUCAUGAGGUCAUCACAGACUGGUGACUGGACGUGGCUGAAGGAGUUCUACCAGAGGCUGAUCGAUCAGAAGUGGCAGCGGAAGAAGAAGAGCAAGGAGCACUGGUACCAAAAGGCCAUUCUGUCCAAGUUUUUAUAUUACAGUAUCAAUGGGGAUGGAGCCGCCCAGCCUGUCCCACCUGCCACGGAGCAGCAGGAGUCGUCCAGCGCUGACCAGACGCAGGACCCGGAAGGGGCUUCAUGGCCUGCGCCCUUUGAGAUGCCUGCCUCAGUUUCUGAAGACCCCAGUGCUUCCCGCCAGGGAGCUGAGCCUCUUGAGCCCUCAUGCGUAGUGGGGCAUGUGGCCUCAGCGCCCAAAGAACAAAACCUGACUACUUUGUUCAGUGAUGGGGAGAACGGUCAGGGCCUUAAAAAUGACUUUGUGCGAAAUAUCCUGUGGACGUUUGAAGACAUCCACAUGCUGGUUGGCUCCAACAUGCCCAUCUUUGGAGGUGGCCGGUACCCAGCGGUCAGCCUGCGCCUCAGGGAUAACAACAAACCAAUUAAUGUGCUCACUGGGAUCGACUAUUGGCUGGACAACUUGAUCUGCAACGUCCCAGAGCUUGUGAUGUGUUUUCAUGUGAACGGAAUUGUCCAGAAAUAUGAAAUGAUAAAAACAGAAGAGAUUCCCAAUUUGGAAAACUCUAAUUUUUCUACAAAAGUCAUUAAAGAUAUCGCACAGAAUAUUUUAUCAUUUCUGAAAUCUAAUUGCACUAAGGAAGGACACACCUACUGGCUCUUUAAAGCCAGCGGCAGUGACAUCGUGAAACUCUAUGACCUCACCACCCUGUGUGAAGAAACUGAGGACAAAUACCAGAACCCGUUCACCAUGCCGGUGGCCGUUCUGCUGUAUAAGGUUGCUUGUAACAUGAUGAUGAAGAAGAACCAAAAUAAGAAACACUACGGGACCAUCAGAACAUUGCUUCUCAACUGUGUGAAGCUGCUGGACAAAAGCAGGCAUCCUCAGAUAAUUGCUUCAGCCAAUUACAUGCUUUCAGAACUUUUUCAGUUGGAUGAACCUAAAAAGGAAGAAAGUUCAGAAUCCCCAUUAAAUGAGAAUUCUGAUGAAAGUUACAGUGAGGAGGAGGAGGAGGAGGAGGAAGAAGAGCUGCCGGACAGCGAUGAGAACGGAUCCUACAACAGCAGCGCGGACCCAUCUCAUGAUAAUAAAGCGGUAGCCAUCAUUAAAUCUGUGGGAGAAUUGUCAGUGCCAGAAAAGUACAAAUCCAUCCAUCAAAUCAGACCCAGCUGCACGUUCCCGGUCUGCCAUGACACAGAAGAGCGCUGCAGGCUCGUGCUUAGCUACGUCCUGGAGGGUUUAAAAUCUGUAGAUAGCAGCAUCAAAAAAGAAAGUGACCUUCCGGCAGCUGACCCCAGCACCCCAAUCCCACUGAAAUAUGAAGAUGAAUCCACGAGGGGGGGUCCUGAGGGGCUGGAGAAGCAGAUGGCCUUGUUUCUGGAUAAAGUGGGCUCCCUGCAGAAGGGCGGCUGCUCCAGUCAGUCUGGGAUGAUCCCUGGCUCUUGGCAACAUAAAAUGAAGCUGCAGCUUAUUCUCAAGUCUUCCAAGGCCUACUACGUGUUGUCUGAUGCUGCCAUGAGUCUUCACAAGUACGGAAGGGCGCUCCGCUACAUCAAGCUGGCCUUGCAGAGCCAUGAUACGUACUGCUGCCUCUGCACCAACGUGCUCUCCGAAGUGCUGCUCUUCCUCUCGCAGUACCUGACGCUCUGCGGGGACAUCCAGCUGAUGCUGGCCCAGAACGCGAGUAACCGAGCCGCCCACCUGGAGGAGUUUAACUACCAGACCAAGGAAGACCAGGAGAUACUGCACAGCCUCCACAGAGAGUCCAGCUGUCAGGGAUUUGCAUGGGCAACUGAUUUGUCCACAGACUUGGAAAGUCAGCUUUCGGUUAGUUGUAAAUGUUACGAAGCUGCUAAUGAAAUUUUGCAGUUUAGUGACUUAAAAAGCCAAAAUCCAGAACACUACGUACAAGUAUUGAAGAGAAUGGGAAACAUCAGAAAUGAAAUAGGGGUGUUCUACAUGAACCAGGCUGCUGCGUUACAGAGCGAAAGACUGGUGAGCAAAUCUGUGUCUGCUGCCGAGCAACAGUUGUGGAAAAAAAGCUUUUCUUGUUUUGAAAAGGGAAUUCACAACUUUGAGUCAAUCCACGAUGCCACCAACGCUGCCCUCCUGUUAUGCAACACAGGAAGACUCAUGCGCAUCUGUGCCCAGGCGCACUGCGGCGCCGGGGGCGAGUGCCAGCGCGAGUUCUCGCCGGAAGAAGGCUUGUAUUACAACAAGGCUGUGGAUUACUACCUGAAGGCGCUGAGGUCGCUGGGCACGCGGGACACUCACCCCGCCGUCUGGGACUCGGUCAACUGGGAGCUGUCCACCACCUACUUCACCAUGGCGACUCUGCAGCAGGAUUACGCUCCUUUGUCGAGAAAAGCCCAGGAGCAGAUUGAGAAGGAAGUCAGCGAGGCUAUGAUGAAGUCGCUGAAGCACUGUGACCUGGACUCGCUGUCGGCGCGGCAGCCGCUCUGCCAGUACCGAGCGGCCACCAUCCACCACCGGCUGGCCUCCAUGUACCACAGCUGUCUGCGGAACCAGGUUGGCGAUGAGCACCUGCGGAAGCAGCACCGCGUGCUGGCGGAGCUUCAUUACGGCAAGGCUGUCAAGCUCUUCCAGCUUCUCAGAGACGCUCCCUGCGAGCUGCUUAGAGUGCAGUUGGAAAGAGUCGCAUUUGCAGAAUUCCAGAUGACCAGUCAGAAUAGCAAUGUUGGAAAGUUGAAAACGCUGUCUGGAGCUCUGGACACGAUGGUGAGGACGGAACCCGCGCUGCAGCUGCUGCGGGAGGAGCUGCGGGAGGAGCUGCGGGAGGAGCUGGAGCAGCCCAGGCCCGAGGAGACGGCGCCCGCUGCCGAGGCGGCCCCUGCGCUCCGGCGGGAGGAGGUGACGAAGCUCCUCAGUAUAUUCGAGUCUCGGUUGUCGUUCCUUCUGCUUCAGUCCAUCAAGCUGCUGUCUUCAACGAAAAAGAAAACAAGCAGUAACACCGAAGAAGACGGAGCCCUGAAAACCAACAAGCAGAUCUAUUCCCAGCUUUUGAGAGCGACCGCCAACAAAAGCGCGACGCUUCUGGAGAGAGUCGACGUUGUCGUCCACCUGCUGGAGCAGCUCGCUCAGGGUCGCAGUGCCGGGCAGUGAC